CUCUCUCUCUCUCUCUCUCUCUCUCUAUUUUUUGGAAGAGGCGGCCGAAGGAACGGGGCGGCCACGGCGAUCGCUUCAAUCGAGCUAUGCUCAUCGAUUUUUGUUUUUUUUUAAAUCCUCCGGACCAACAUCCAGUUUGAACUCUUCUCGUCUUCAAUAAAAAAGCCCUAAAAAUCCUCCUUUGACCUGUAGUUUCUGAGGCCUGCGACAGAUUGAAUCGAUGAAUUGAUGCCCUUUGUCAAUCCCAAUCGCGGUCUCCUGCUCACCUCUGCGCGAGAUGGCGGAGGCGAUCUUUCCGGCGACCUGGGAAAUUCCGACGGAUUACACGAUUCGAAAGUGCCGAGUUGGUCUCAAGGGCUGCGAUUUCAAGGUAUAUGAUGCGUAUGGAAACCUCCUUCACCUGAUCCAGUGCCGAUCGUUCAGCUCUUCUCCACGACGAGUCGUCACUCUCCUCGAUGCAGACGCGACCACUCUAAUCACGGCCGUCCAUCUUGAUGAUGGGUGGCAAGGUUUCAAGGGGUACAGUUGGGAACCCAAUGAUUUGUUGUUCACUGUGCAUAAAUUGGCUUACUCUACAUUCAAAACAGAAUUAGAAGUCUUGGUGUCAUCUGAUAAUUUCAGGGAUGAGAAGCAGAAGUUCAUUUUGAAAGGCAGCCCGUUCCAACGCUCAUGCACAAUAUACUCUGGAGAUUCUAUUGUUGCUCAGGCGAAUCCCUUGUACAAGCUCAAGAAAUUUAUCUAUUCAAGAAAUAAAUUUCGGCUUACUCUGUAUCCUGGAGCAGACCAUCCCCUCAUGCUGGCAAUGCUUGUAACUUAUUUUGGAGGGAACUGAAAAGCAGGAGAAAUUAAAAGCUGAAAUGUGAACAAUUUGUAUGAGCUUUCUGCUGUAUCUAAUGCCAUCAGGUGGUCUGGUUCUGUAUGUUCAGAUUUUGCCUUUCUGAGCAGUAGACAUAGUACAGCUUAGAGACAUGAAUAGCUGCGCUGUAAGUUGUCUUUCUGGUCUCAUUGUGUUGAUAGGAGGGUAGGAAUCAGAACAGUUUUGCAGUUGGGAAGCAGCUCAUGUAGCUUAUGAAUA